AUGACACCUGAAGAAAAUUUAUAUCGGCUUGUUGCCGAAUCCAAGGCCAAAAGUCUUGGUGACUUUGAUGAUUCUAUUGUUACUCGAUAUGGUGAACUUUUGUGGUUCACAGUUCCUGACAAGGAACAAGGUAAAAUCAAAGAGCAAUUCCAAAAUAUUGCAGAUGAAGUUAUUACGAUAUUGACACCAUGUUCACCAGAGCCUACAACGCUUCCAAUAACUUCAACUGACCAAUAG